AAGCCCAAGUAUCGCAACUCGAGGGCUCUGGAUACGCGCUCUAGAGAUUCGCAAACGUUUAAAAAAAAUCGCCCAUCCCUAUGUUUACCUUUCUACUUAAUUGACAGAUGAACGCAAUGACUUUGCUCAGGUAACCUAUAUAAUUAGACCAGGCAGUUUAUGUUGAGUUGGGACACUGAUUAUCUGUCCCGCUAUCGCUGGCAAUCAUGAGACUCGUAGUGUGUUUUCUUUCUCUGCUCGCUGUGUUCGGCCCUGCAGAAUGUGGGAAUGUUUUAGUUUGGUAUACUGAGGGCAGUCACUGGAUCAAUCUGAAGAUCGUGUUGGCAACAUUGAUUGACAGGGGACACGAUGUCACAGUGCUGGUGCCAGAUGGUGCUCUCUUCGUGAAAGCUGAAGAAUCGGAUCGCUUCUCCUUUCAGCACUUUAAUGUGUCCACAUCUGGACAGGGCAUGCUAAGCGUCAUCGAGGAAUUUCUGUAUUUCUCAGUGUACGAGAUGGAUCAGUUAAACCUCCUGCAGAUUCAAAUGAAAUUCUUCGAGCUUGGUUCCAAACAUCAGGAUUUGGCUUUGUCAUAUUGUGACGGCAUUCUCAAAUCGACAGAGUUGAUGGACAAACUGCGGAAUGGAAAGUUUGACGUUAUUCUGACAGAUCCGAUGUACCCGUGCAGCGAAAUUGUGGCUGAAGAGCUGAAAGUUCCCUUGGUUUACACUUUACGAUUCUCCAUAGCUCACGUUAUGGAGCGGAUGUGUGGUCAGAUACCAGCCCCACCAUCAUUUGUUCCUGGAGCAAUGAGUAAACUCACUGACAAAAUGAGCUUUACAGAACGACUCCUCAGUAUGCUUUUCUACCUUUCUCAAGAUUUUGUUGUCGUUAUUGCUUGGAAAAAAUUUGACAACUAUUACACAGACUAUUUCGGACGGCCCACUUCCUAUUGUGAGAUGAUGGGUAAAGCUGAUAUCUGGUUAAUCAGAACCUACUGGGAUUUUGAGUUUCCCCGGCCAUUCCUGCCCAACUUUAAAUACGUUGGUGGGCUUCACUGCACCCCUGCCAAGCCAUUACCAGUGGACAUGGAGGAGUUUGUACAGAACUCAGGGGAUGAUGGGAUUGUGGUCUUCACUCUGGGGUCUAUGAUAGACAAAUUGCCCAAAGAGAUGAGCAAUAUGAUCGCCUCCGCACUGGCACAGAUUCCACAGAAGGUUUUAUGGCGAUAUGGUGGAGAGAAGCCAGAUACUCUCGGUGAAAACACCAGAAUUUACAAGUGGAUCCCUCAGAAUGAUUUAUUGGGUCACCCCAAAACCAGAGCAUUUAUCACUCAUGGAGGCACUAAUAGCAUAUAUGAGGCCAUUUAUCAUGGCGUUCCAAUGGUUGGGAUUCCUUUAUUUGGUGACCAGCCUGAUAAUUUGGUUCAUAUGAGGGUCAGAGGUGCCGCUGUUGUCAUAGACAAUAUUAAAACCACACAGCCGCAAGACCUGGUGGAUGGACUCAAUGCCGUCAUUAAUGAUCCCUCGUAUAAAGAGAAUGCAAUGCGUUUGUCCAGGAUUCAUCAUGACAGACCAAUAAAGCCUUUGGAUGAGGCUGUGUUCUGGAUUGAGUUCGUCAUGCGCAAUAAAGGCGCUAAACACCUGCGUGUCGAGGCCCACAACCUUACCUGGUACCAGUACCACUGUCUGGAUGUGUUCGCUUUUCUUAUCACUGUCUUGACUGUAGUCCUCUAUGUCUUCUUUAAAAUGUGCAAAUUCUUCAUUAUGCGUUGCUGUUUUAGAUCAAAGAGGAAAAGCAAAAAAGAAUGAUCAAGCUUUUUUCUUACUUGGAACAUUCUGUAGGAUAUAUUAUUUUUUUACAUGCACUGGAAACUAGGUAUGAGGUCAUGUCAGUGCACUAUUAAUCCUGAGGAUUCAUGUUUAAAGAUUUCACACUGUACAUAAGGUUCAACUGUGAAAAUGCUGCCUUGUUAGUCUGUUCUGGCUGUUUUAAGUCUGAGUCAUACGAAAAUAAAUAAUAGGCCUAAGUCUUUCAGACACUGAAACUAAACAGAAUAAAUACGUACUUGUUUUGCAGUUCAUUUACUGUUCAUUAUGAACAAAUUAAUCAAAAGUUAGAGUUUUCAGUUUGAGUUGUUUAUUUUAUUUUGCUGAUGUUAUGCUUUUUGAAUCAAACUAGGAGCAUGGGGUAUGUAAAGAUCAGCUGGCUUUUUGACAAGAAAUAAAAAUAAGGCUAUGAGUGAGUGGCUUUCUGGAAGCUGCUAAUGAGAUGAGAUUGUAAAACAAUAAUAUCAGACAUUUUUGUCAUAUAUCUUUUUAUGUAAAAACACAGUGUGAGAUCUACUGCCUCACUCCCAUUGCCUUUGGGUAUAUGUGACCCUGGACCACAAAACCAGUCAUAAAGGUCAAUUUUUUGAAACUGACAUUUAUAAAUAAGCUUUCCACUGAUGUAUGGUUUGUUAGGAUAGGACAAUAUUUACUAUUUGAAAAUCUUCAAUCUGAGGGUGCAAAAAAUCUAAAUAUUGAGAAAAUCACCUUUAAAGUUUUUAGCAAUGCAUAUUACUAAUCAAAAAUUAAGUAGUUUUAUGGUAGGAAAUUUACAAAUUAUCUUCAUGGAACAUGAUCUUUACAUAAUAUCCUAAUGAUUUUUGGCAUAAAAUCGAUAAUUUUGACCCAUGCAAUGUAUUUUUGGCUAUUGCUACAAAUAUACCCGUGCUACUUAUGACUGGUUUUGUGGUCCAGGGUCACAUAUAAUAAUGCUGUAAAGCUCUAGAAAAUGUCAAAAUGAACCAUUGAAGUAGUCCAUGAAGUUCAUGGACUCUGGUUGCAUUAAAGGAGUAUGCGCAACGCCAUAUAAGGUAAAAAAGGAAAAGCAUAAACUUAAUUGUCUCUUGCGUAUGUGGUGUACAUGCAAAUUAUUUAGAAACUAUAAUGACAAACUUAAAAGUUCUCCGUUACCAUGAAUAAUAUACGCUGAAAGAUCGUUUACUUUUCCCCAUGUACAUCACCAAAACAGCCAGACACAAGAACAGUUUUUUCCCCCAAGCCAUAUCCCACCUGAACCACACUUAACACACCUCAGUACUGGUCAUGUGUAUUUACUUAACAAAAUUUUUGUAUAUAGCACAUAUGCACAUUCAUAGUUCUGUCUAUGGACAUCUUUUUUUUUUCUUUCUGUAUAUUUUUAUUACCACUGUUAUUUAUAAUUUAUUGUAUAUUCUUUUUUAAUAUUAGUGUUUAUUAUUACCUUAACUUUAUGUAUGUCUGCACUAUGUUUGUAUUUUCUGUACUGGAAGCUCCUAACACCAAGACCAAUUCCUUGUGUGUGAACACACUA